ACUAUUGAUAGAGUCCUUAAACGAAACCAUGUCAGAAUGAAGCAGCUUUACAGAGUUCCAUUCCAAAGAAACUCUGAUAUCGUGAAGGAGGCAAGAUUCCAGUAUGUGCAGAGAAUAAUGGAGCUUGAAGCUGAAGGGGCACAUCACAAAUACAUUUAUGUGGAUGAAGCCAGCUUCAACUUCUGUAAAGUGAGGAGACGCGGGAGGAACAUCAUUGGGCAGAGGGCCACUGUUACAGUGCCAGGUCAGAGGGGCGCCAAUAUCACCAUGUGUGCUGCCAUCUCCAAUGAUGGUGUCUUUUGCCACAUACCAACUAUCGCCCCAUAUAAUACAGAACGCCUCAUCACAUUUCUUGAUGCACUGAAUGAAAGACUGGUUCCACCAGAAGAGAGAGGGCUGUUGAGGCCUGGCAUGACUCUGUAUGUCAUCAUUUGGGACAAUGUUGCCUUCCACCACUCUCGCCUUGUGAAUGAAUGGUUUGCAGCACAGCCCCGUAUGAUGAUACAAUUCCUCCCUGCAUACUCUCCUUUUCUGAACCCAAUUGAGGAGUUCUUCUCUGCUUGGAGAUGGAAGGUGUAUGAUCACCGGCCAUAUGAGCAGAUGUCCCUCCUGGAGGCAAUGAAUGCUGGUUGCCUGGCAAUAGGUGCAGAGGACUGCCAGGGAUGGAUACGCCAUGCAAGGAGGUAUUUCCCUUGGUGCAUUGCAAGGGAUUACAUCCAAUGCGAUGUUGAUGAGAACCUGUGGCAUAAUCGUCAGGAACGAAUGGACUAAAUGUGAAGUUCUGAGAAUUUCAACUCUUUAUUUAGCUUUUUAGAUAUUUCCACCCAUAAGUUUCCUUUGGUUGCUUUUUUUAUUUUUUUAUUUUUUUUAUACAGUAUUCAGCAUUUCUGAGUUU